UUCAUACAAAACACCAAGUCCAACCUCUUUCUCUGCACCUACUCAUCUCCCUCCUAUCUCAAACAUAAUUUUCGACACAAUGACCAUUGAAGAACCAGAGCCAACCUCCAGCUCUGAUUACAUCUUGGAAUGGUUGGACUCGAUCGACGGCUCGUUCCUUUCAUCUUUCUUGGUCGAUCAAUACAGUUCCAACCAAAUCAGCAGUGAUCAAUGGUCGGUUCAGGCUCAAGAUGUAGACCCCGCUUCUUUCACCACUGUCACCAGCAAGGCCCCACCAGAUCCCGUCGCCUCGAGUAAUCCACAACAGUCCGAUUCGUCCAAGAAACGGAAGGCAUCCGAUCCCCAUGUUCCGAAGGCAUCCCGAAACCGUGGAAAGAAUCGUAACCGUCGGACCAAAGAGGCUGAUGGUGGGGAUGGGGCUGUGGAACAUGGGGUGACAGUUAAGAAAUCAGUUGGGACUAAGAGGGGAUCAGCCAAAUCUGCUGGAAAUAACUGUAAUAACGGUAAUAACAGAGAAGGAAGGUGGGCAGAGCAGUUGCUCAACCCUUGUGCCGCCGCGAUCACCGCCGAAAACCUGCCCCGUGUCCAACACCUCUUGUACGUUCUCCACGAGCUGGCUUCACCGACCGGCGAUGCCAACCACCGGCUGGCGGCUCACGGCCUCCGAGCGCUGACCCACCACCUCUCCUCCCCCUCCCCCUCCCCUGCCUCCUCUGUUUCAAGUGGGGCCAUUAACUUUGCUUCCGCCAAGCCUCAACUUUUCCAAAAAUCACUCAUCAGAUUCGAUGAGGUUAGUCCCUGGUUCAAGUUCCCUAACAAAAUCGCAAACAAUUCAAUCCUCCAAAUUCUUUCGGAACAAUAUCAAUCUUCUAAUCUUCACAUCGUUGAUAUUGGAGUCUCUCAUGGAGUCCAAUGGCCAACCCUCCUCGAGGCGUUGACCCGCCGCCCUGGUGGACCUCCACCACUAGUCCGCCUUACAGUUGUUAGCACCGCCACCUCUGACUGCGGUGGGAGUAAGGACAUUCCGUUUGCUAUUGCCCCACCAGGCUGCAGUUAUUCUUCCCAACUCCUCGGUUUCGCCAAAUCCAUAAACAUCAAUUUACAGAUCAAUCGGAUUGAUAACCAACAAUUACAGAAUCUAAAUGCCCAAACCAUAAAUUCCUCUCCUAGUGAAACCUUAAUUAUCUGCGCUCAGUUCAGGCUCCACCAUCUGAACCACACCAACCCGGAUAACAGAAGCGAUUUUUUGCGAGUACUGAGGAGUUUGGAUCCGAAAGGCAUGAUUCUAAGCGAGAACAACAUGGAUUGCAGCUGCAGCAAGUGUGGGGACUUUGCGACUAGUUUUUCGCGUCGAGUGGAGUACCUGUGGAGGUUUUUGGACUCAACUAGUGCCGCAUUUAGAGGGCGAGAGAGCGACGAAAGGAGGGUUGUGGAAGGAGAGGCUGCGAAGACGUUGACCAAUUUAGAUGAGAUGAAUGAAGGGAAAGAGAAGUGGUGUGAGAGGAUGAGAAGGGUCGGUUUUGUCGAGAAAGUGUUCGGAGAGGACACCAUCAACAAAGCUCGAACUUUGUUGAGGAAGUAUGAUAGUAAUUGGGAGAUGAGAGUGGAGGAGAAAGAUGGGUGUCUGGGUUUGUGGUGGAAGGGACAACCUGUUUCCUUCUGUUCCUUGUGGAAGUAGGAUGUGAAAGCAAAUGACAGUUGAACAGAGUUUGUGUGUAGCUUUUCCCUCUUCUCUGUAACAUAUAAUCUACAUCACCAAUGUAAAAUAUGAAGAGUAAUUUUAAUACUGUGGAAAUGAGACACUA